AUGGAACAGAAUCAUAAAUGCUAUGACAACGCACCGGACGGAGGAUGGGGAUGGGUAGUGACUUUUGCAGCGUUUAUGGUGGGCCUAAUUUUGGACGGGAUCACUCACUUGUUCGGGAUUUUCUACAGGGAGCUCCUUCAAUAUUUUCAGGAGAGCAAGAGUCUCACUUACUGGAUUUUCUCUGUGCUAAAUGGAACUUACCUUGGUAUAGGUCCUAUAGCGAGUAUCCUUGAACCGGUGUAUGGGUACCGACCCGUAGCCAUCUUCGGGGCGUCCCUUGUAUCCGUCUCGUUCUUCUUGAUUCCAGGCGCGGGACUUGGUUUACUGGCCAUCGUCUUCGUUGGCCACUAUUUCAAGAAAAAGCGAGCCCUCGCCACCGGCAUUGCUGCAUGCGGAAGAGGACUCGGCGGUUUCGUAUUUGGGCCGCUUAGCGAGUUCCUUAUAGAGAAAUACACGUUGAAGGGUGUAAUGCUAAUCAUUUCUGCCAUUGUGCUCAACUUAGUCCCUAUAUCCACCCUCCUGCGACCGCUUGAAGGCUCGAAUUCUUACUCUGAGCGGAAGCGGCGUAGCGCGAGCGCCGUCCUAGCUCUGAAUGGGAAAAGCUACGGCAGAGCGGUCCUUCCACACGAUGAGGAGAGUCAAGACGUACCUCCGCAACACGAUGACCACCGAGAGGCAUCCAGGGCUUGGGCUUUUUAA